ACACCUGGUGGUCUUUAUUUGUGCGCUGGUGAGUGGUGACUGGCGAGCCGGCGAAAAAGAAGCCAAUUUUUGUUUUCUUUUACAAUCUAAAAAUUAAUAUGUUUCAUACUUUUCUUAAUUAACCUGAACAAUGUUUGUAAUUUAUAUUUAAAUCAUUUCCCCAAAGAAUCAUUAAAAAUAAUGAUUAAAUCAAGCAUGAAUGAAAGGUUUUAAGUUGGAAUUUAUCGCUUGCGGGUAGUGUUUGUGAAGUAGACAGGUUAUAAGUAAGAGCUAUAUUAAGAAGGUUCAUCAGUUGUAAUUUAACCACAAAAGAAUUACAGAGUUUCACCAUGUUUUGCUUUACUAAAGUCAAUAUGCUUUAUGCAAUACUAGUUUGCACAUUCUUCGGCGUUACCGUGGGCGCAUUUGUUUUCGUCAGCCGAGCAGACCAGAUUUGUCCAACUUACAUGAACAAUGGAACGAUCGGCCUGUGCUAUGUGGCAGUUGGCGCCGGUGCAGCAGGAGUAGCCGGAAUGAUUUGGCCCUUUCUUCCAGUGCCAAUGCGUGUUUACGUCUCGUUGAUUGCCACCAUGACGGGAGGACACGUAUUUAACCUACAAAUGACUGUACUGCUGUACAUCGAGACAAUGCGCGCGUUAAGUCACAUUCAGAAGCAUGCAGCUGAUUCGACGAUCCAUGUUCGGCGAAUCCAACGUUGACGACAUGAACCGCGGAAUAAAAGAAGUGGCCGAUAGCUUCGACCGAGCCAGAAAAGCCCAGGACGUUUUCCGUGACAGUAUCGAAAAUGGAUUUCGCUGGCUCGAGAAAAAGGGCUCAACCUGCACAGACAUCUUAAAGGGAGCCUAUCCCGAUUGCAUAGCCCAGGGCAACUCCAAUUGCGAGUCAUUGAAAACGAUGAGCAAUGCCCCAUGCGGGAUAUUUUCUGAGGACAGGAUCACCGAAUCGUUGCUUGGAAUUAGAGGUCGUAUCGCCAACUGGAUUUCUAACGCAAUUCGAAUGCGCGUUGGUAUCCUUUUUGAGAUGAAAUCGACAAACUACGUCGAGGAUGAACUUGUCAAUGCCUGGGCACCGUUUAAGGCAGCCAUGAACACCGGCUCCAAUUUGAUUGAUCUAGUUUACGACUUUGUUACGACAUACGUUCUCAAGUACAUGGGCCUAAUCAUUUUGAUAAUCUGGCCAUUUGGUUACAUCCUUUGUUACAAUCGCGGUCCGCUCGAAUUCGAUAACGUGUACAUCCCCGAAGAAGAGCAAGAAAAGGAGCACAAUCAAGUCAACGAAGAAACUCCAAACCAAGUUCGAUUCCUACCGUUACAACUUGGCAUCGAGACAGAUAAAAUUCAAAUGGUGCCGGCCUGGAUUCCAUCGCCAGGAGAAAUUGUUAAAGGGAUCAAAGCGCUCAUCUUUGUCGUAGACUUGAUAAUAAUUCUGUCAAUCUUAUAUCUGGAUUUCUUCUACACUGAGCUGGUGGACAGCUUGUACUUCGGUUCAAUCAACCUAUUCAACCGCUAUCAAGGAAACAUCUUCGACAUAGUUCGGCAGCCUUUAUCAGAAGCUAAAGGCAUGCACUACAUUGGACAAAUCCUCCUAGAACAAUUGGAUAGUCUUCAGCAAGCAGCCGGACUGGGACGAAUGAUGGCUUGCGCCCGUCGAGCACCGCCUAUCGAUUAUACUUACGAAAUUUUCAUUUUCGCUCUGCUGAUGCGUUUGUUUUACAUCUUCUCGCAAAUUAAAUUGGCAUGGAUCCCGUCUAUGAUAUGCGCACGAUACAACGAGAUGCGUCACAAGCAGAGAAUGCGUUGUCUCAAAGCCCGGACCCUCUUACGACGAGAGAAUUACAUCCCACCGACUUCAUUUCCUUGGAUGAGAUCCUUUUUUCGAUCUUUUUAUAACUUCUGCUCGAUAGAUUUAGUCCCCUCAUGGGUACGCUCUUUGAUGAACGCUAGGGAGACAUACAAUCUGUAACUACCGCAUAAUCUGCUAAAAACCUGAUUUCUGAUUGGA